CCAUCAGAGGAAACUCCAAUCGCUACACUUAUAUGCAUGCAAGGAAUCCCUCGGUACAGUAUACAAAUAUACAUAUUAAUCCAGAGUUUCAGAGUUCCUAAAACCCCAGUUUCUCUCUCUAAAAAUCUCUAAAACCCUAGUGUCUUUCUCUUGAAAUCUCUAAAACCCUAGUUUCUCUCUCGACAACAAUGGCUCUCUAUUCACUUCGACUCCGCCAAGCUCUCAAAACCCUAACCCCUCUUCUGGGCCACCGCACACCUCUCCCGCAAGUCUGCGCGCUGCCAGCCGUGGAGUCGUGCGGCGUCAUUCGCCUAUUGCCGGCGACCAACCUCCAGUCGCGGCCAUUCAGGUCAUCUCCGAUCUGGCUCUCCUCAUCGAGGUCGUUCAACAAUCAGAACGAGGAGAUUGGGCCCGACACGAUUCUGUUCGAGGGGUGCGAUUACAAUCACUGGCUCAUCACCAUGGACUUCCCCAAGGAUCCCAAGCCCACUCCGGAGGAGAUGGUGGAGACCUAUGUGCAAACCCUAGCUAAGGGCUUGAAUAUUAGUGUGGAAGAGGCAAAAUUGAAAAUGUAUGCUUGUAGCACAACAACUUAUACAGGCUUUCAAGCUGUGAUGACAGAAGAAGAGUCAGAAAAGUUUAGAGGUUUGCCCGGAGUUGUAUUCAUAUUGCCAGAUUCUUAUAUUAAUCCUGCAACAAAGGAGUAUGGAGGAGACAAAUACAUUAAUGGGACAAUCAUACCAAGACCUCCCCCAGUUCAGUAUGGGAGGACAGGUGGAAGAUAUGGUGACCGAAAUCGAAAUACUGAAAGGCCAAGAUAUGACCGGCAAGGUGGUCCGAUGCCAAAUCGACAAGGGAAUCCCCCAUAUGAUAACCGAGGAUCUAUGCAAGGAGACGGAGGGAAUUAUGGGGCUCCACAAAAUUAUCCACCACAACAGAAUUAUGGGCCAGCAGGACAAGGUCCCAUGCCGAUGAGCAACAGGGAUUAUGCCCAUGGAGGGAGGGACACUUAUCAGGGGGAGAGAAGAGACACAAUGCCUCCAUAUCAGGGCAAUUACAACCAAGGUCAGCAAGGAAAUUAUCAUCCCCAGGAACGAAGAGACUUCUCACAAGGAGCACAGAGGAAUUAUGCUCCUCCUGAUCAGAGGGAUGUUAGAGGAGAUAAUAGGAAUUAUAAUCCUCAACACAGUGGUAAUUAUGGCCAAGGAACAGGUGGAUCUUAUGGACAGGGAAUGGGUUCUGGGCCUUCCGGGUAUGGGCAGGCUCAGCAAGGGCAUGGAGAAGGUCAGAGGUUCUCACAAGUUGAUCAGAGAAACGACAUGCAAGACGAGCAAAGGAACUAUCCACCUACGGGAAAUACAAACCAAGUAAGGCAUUCCUCUUUUAAUUACUAAUUAGAGCCUUCGACAAGCAAAAUUGAGACUACAGCUUAAGAUUGAACUUGAUGCUAAAGCCCUUAACAUAGAAAUUUGAAGUGUGAUGAAACAAUCGCAUGCAAUGAGGGUUGAAUAACAUAUUGCCUGAAUCAAUCUGGUUGAGAACUUUUCUGACUGAGAAUCCGAGGGAUUGGAUAAACUGAACUCCCCUUUUAUUGCUCUUGAAAUUCUAGUUUGUAUUCUUCAUGCACACUUCUGGGGUUUUACUCCCCACAUUUCAAUUAAUUAGCUUAAGAUAAUUUUGCAUACCAUCCAAAUAUUUGCGGAAGGGCUUGCUCAGAGAGAAAUAUUGGAAUAUGUAGAAAGACAUCCCCCCAAAUUUGGAAUAUCCAUUUCAUUUGGAAUUGUUGGUAAUAGACCUCAUUCAAGAAUUGAUAA